CAUGCUGCCCUCGGGUGAAAGUAGCUCUGCAGUAUGCGAACCAGGGCAGGAGUGAACAUCACUCGAGAUGGCUGUGGAGUCUCCAAACUGUGUGUGGAGACUCCAAAUAACUGUGACCCCUCUGGAAACUCUUCCUGUCUGUUUGCCUCCGCGGUCUCCUCCGUCCCAGUGCCUCCCUACGGGGUUGACCUCUCCGUCGAGCUGAGCGGAGAGUCUGCAGGAUACAUCGCUGUGGGACUCACUGCCAACGCCUCAGAGGGGACCAGCAUGCUUGUCAUCUGCGCUCAGAACAGCUCGGACAACGGGACGUUCUUCUUCCGGACAAUGCAGAGGAACAACACUGACAAUAUGCUCACUCCAACUGAGACGAGAGUGAAAGAAAUCCGUGGCAUGGUGAACGGAAAUAUGAUCAAGUGUGAGUUCACUGUCCCCAACCUGAACGCCUCCAACAUCAGGAGCAGUGAAGCCACUACCUUCUCCGUCCUGCUCGGGAACGGAAGCUUUGACGGAAGUGUUCUCGGUGCCUUCAAUCUCUUGUUCGGCAGCAAACCACUGGACCUCAUCAAACCCGACAGCAACGUCCCCCCCACAGCAGCACCCACCACCACAGCACCCAUCAGCAACACCACCAUCAUGCCCAGCAACACCACCAUGCCCAGCAACACCACCAUGCCCAGCAACACCACCAUGCCCAGCAACACCACCAUGCCCAGCAACACCACCAUGCCCAGCAACACCACCAUGCCCAACAACAGUGGAGCUCUCCAGCCUCAUGCUGUGCUGCUCCUGCUGAGCGUCCUCACGCUCUCCGUCCUGCUGAGAGUCUGAGAGGAGAGAGAGCUGUCCAGUUUGAUGCCAUGAAGAAAGAAAGAAACCGAGUGUCAAGUUAUUUAUUAAAAUAUUUUCACUGAACUCAUUAAGACAUGUUUGAAGGUCAUUUUGCACUUUGUUUGUUCAUGAGAUGUACUUUGUGAUCAAACUCCAGAUUAAACACUUGUUAUGGUUUAAAUGCCUUAAUUGGUUAUAUGUAAAGCGUAUUUGAGCAUUAGGAAAAGCGCUAUACAAAUCCCAUGUAUUAUUAUUAUAAUAAAUUAUGUUAUUAAUUUCCUGCAUAGGGCUAUUGAAAAAGUGUUGUAAUUACAGGUUUGCAUUUAUGUAAUAUGUUUCCAUCUGAUCCAGCCUAUCUAGCACCUGUAGUGGCAAUUUCUUAUGUUACCUUAUAUGCUUCUAAAAGCAUUGUCUAAAACAACUAUACCAUUUCCUGAUAUGUGCUGUUUUCUCUUUAUACUCUAAUGAGGGGUUUUAUUCCCAAGCGCUUCAAGGCCACAGAGCUGAUUUGGCAGACUUUGAAACUACUCCCGGCUCAAGGACACGGGUGUCUCACACAAAGUUUGAACUCCCAUAACAAUAUGAGACCGUGUGAAAGCAGUUUUCUGAGGAAACUCUGUCUGCCCGCCCUUUCUUGUAUAUAAGCUUUGCUAUUUUGUGACUAUUGCGCACACUCCUGCAGACUAUCCUAUACUCUGUGAGACCUGUGUCUUUGAAUAUAUUCAAAUAAAUAACCAGAAAGACAACUCUGUUUGUUGCACCAUUUAUUGUUUGAUCAUUCUGACUCGUGUAUCUCCACAGUAUUGACUGGGUCUAAGAUUUCCGUAACAAUUUAGCGUUGUCGGCAGGAUCUCUGCAAGUUCGAUUGGGGACACCUACGGACGCUGGUGGUCGCGCUCCAGGAUCCUCGGAUUCUCCUCUACCUCGACAGAAACCGUACGGGACGAGAGGACCAGCGCCGGGGUAGAACCGAUUGACUUCACGAGAUCCAACGAACUCAAAAGGCUUUCAAUACUCGGUGAGAUGUACAGUGUCUAAAUUGUUUAAAGUUAAACGUAAUUAAACUCCAUGACAUUUAUGAGAGGGACUGCUCGAAAGUAGGAUAUUUGGGAUAUCCGUCGUAACCAGGGUUUACGAUCAGUUUUUGGGUGAUUUGUACUGAGGAACAAGUAUCACAUCACCAGUGGGUGAAAAAUAGUGUUUUGGUAACACGGGGUGUUCAGAUAACACUUAAAGACUUUGUUAUGGAACGCAAAGCAGAGUAGGGGGCUAGUACACCCUCCUGAGGGUCCGAUUGUGGAUGUCAUGCGAGCAAAACAUGGUGAAAACAGUCUGUCUAAAUUAAAUAUCUGGAUGGAAAUGUUCGGAUUUCCAAAGGGAGGUUCUUUGAGUAAAUUAAAAAUCAAAAACCUAAGGGAUAAAUUACAAGAGUGUCAAGAUGGAAUGAAAAAGAAGAGUAGAGUUAAAGUAAAAUACUUUUAGAAAAGCUGGAAACUCACAGAAAGUGUUUAUAAUACUGGGAGGAUGAAGCAGAAUGCCGUGAAAGGAGGCAGUUGGCCUCGGCAAUAAAGAAAAUAUUAAGGUUGAAGAUGAAUGUGAAGAAAAGAAGGAAAAUAAAUUAUUUCCAAAACCAUGUAAACCCCAGACAUCUCUGUAUCCUUCCAUUGCAGGCCUGAAUGACCCUCUCCUCGACUCUGGGUAUCCUUUCCCUCCCCCGGCAUACAACCCUGGCAAUCCGGCUGGCCCACCUCAACCACCUCCCCCGCCACUACAAGCCCCAACCAUGCAGUCAGCAGACUCCCCGUCAACUCCAAGCUCGUCCACCCCCAUCAGGCCCAAGUAUUCCGGGACAACAGCGGGAUAAACAAACCCGAUGUCCUCGGGGACCAAGUAGGUGUUUGGGGGACACACCUCAGUAAUGCCUUCCUCAACGGACUCACAGCCACAGCGCAAGCCACGCAGAAUGCUGGCCGCUCACAAUACCGAGGGAGAGGCAGAGGAGGUUUUCCGAGGCAGAGGACGAGAAGCAAGACCUUCAAACGGCGAAAGAUGUUUCAAGUGUGGCAGUGUUGAACAUUGGAUCCGGGACUGCCCACAGAACACUGGCAGCGGAGGCAGAGGGGGACAGCAAGGACGGGGCCAUUCACAAUCAGACUGAAAUACACCAGAUGGGGAGGAAGGGGCCCAAUCGAGCGAGACGGAAAUUCAGCCAGCAGCAUCUGAACAGGGAAGUGACACACACACACACACACAUCAUGCUAUUGAGUAAUUGGAAAAUGUAGAAGACAUGUCUGGUUAAAGGGUACAUAUUUGAAAUAUGACAGUGAAACAGCAUUUAAGAAAUGUCCCACACUAACUUUAGCUAUCAUGGGUGUUUGAUGUUACAUUUUUGGUUGAUUCUGGGGCUACACAUUCUGUGGUAAAAAGGGCAGAUUUGCCUGAUUGCAAAUUUAGUGGUAGAUUUAUUCACUCAAUAGGAGCGGCUGGGGUAACUGUGAAGGAGAAGUUUUCUGUACCACUUCAGUGUAAAGAUAACGGUGAUGACAGUCAUCCAUUUCCCACAUCAGUCAAAAACAGUUUUCUUUUAUCAUCUGUCUGCCCAAUAAAUUUACUAGGCAGAGAUCUGAUUCUCCGGUUCGGCUUGGACCUCAUUUUUCCACAAAUGAGGGUCUUAAAGUCCGACAGCCAUCUCCUACGAUGGUUCAAAAACUCUCAUUUGAUGAUGGAGAUCUGUUGAAUGUGUAUCAAUGGCUGCUGACAUAUCCUGAUUCUCAGGCGUUGUUGCGUUUGACUGAUCAACGUGUUUUUCCACCUGCUGUGUUCAUGGAAGCUCCUCAUUUGCAUUGUACUGCUAACGUUGUUGACGAUCCAUGUCAAUACUAUGAUGAGAGGUUUCUGUUAGAAUGUGUAAAUGAUGAACUCAUGCUUAAAACUAUGUAUUGGAGUUAGCUGCGCAGCGCUAUUUCUGUUACACUCGCACCCACACAACACAAGCUGUAUCAAAUCCCAGGGGCGGUCCCACACAUUUCACUAGCCAGGGGCCCCACUGAUAGAUGGAGGGAUUUGGGUCCAAUCGUUAAAGAUUGGGAGUCAGUCACUGAUUGGGCACCUACACACACAGAAUAUGUCAUGUACUCUAUGUCACGUGACGUGUAUAAAAUGAAAAUUUGCACGAACGUAGCCGUUCUGCGCACAUUGCUGUUGGUUGAGGAGGAUGACGUUGGUGAUGCCAUUUUUCCCGCCUUUACGGGUAAUUCUCAUAUUUCUGAGAUUCCUGCCGCGCUUUCAGAUGUGCCAUACUCACUCUGGGCAGCUCACAAAUAUGACGUAGGUUUAAUCCGCUCUGCUGAGCCUGUAGUUAUCACUCCUAAGUCCACGUUCCGUCCAAAUCAACCCCAGUACCCAUUGAAACGUGAAGCUGUUGAUGGCAUUCGGCCAGUGUUUACCUCUCUGCUUAAACAAGGGGUCAUUAUUCCGUGUAACGAUUCCCCGGUACGCACUCCAGUGUUUCCUGUCAAAAAGAUCAGAGACAAACCUCCUGACGAAUGGAGAUUUGUCCAGGAUUUACGAGCUGUAAAUGCAGCUGUAAAUGCAGCUGUGCAUGCACGCGCACCGCUCGUCCCAAAUCCUUAUCUGAUUAUUUCCCAAGUUCCAGCCUCUGCAGCAUUUUUUACUGUCAUAGAUCUCUCAAAUGCAUUUUUCAGUGUCCCUGUACACAAAGACAGCCAAUUCUGGUUUGCAUUUGAAUAUGAUGGUAAACCUUACACAUUCACAUGUUUGUGUCAAGGCCUUUGCCUGAAGACGGUGAUGAACACGACUGUGUUGCCGAACUUCUCAUUGUGUGCACACCUAGACCGGACUUAAAAGACGUUCCUCUGACCAACGCUGACCUCAUUUUGUAUGUUGAUGGGUCUGCCUCUCGCGACCAAGGGGGCACUAAUCGGGUGGGUUUUUCUGUUGUUUCAGAUUCUGCUGUACUCCAUUCCGGCCCACUCCCAUGCCACCUCUCAGCACAAGCAGCAGAGUUCAUCGCACGUUUGCAGGCAAAACUGUGACUAUCUACACUGACUCACGUUAUGCUUUCGGAGUAGUACACGAUUUUGGGGCUAUUUGAAAGUGUAGACAAUUUCUGAAAUCUGAUGGCAAACCAGUACUUAACCAUGUACUGGUUGCAGGCUUACUAGACGCCAUUCUGCUCCCAUUUGAAGUUGCAGUCUGUAAAUGUGCCGCACACGCAAGCAGUACAGGCCCAAUUUCCCUAGGAAAUGCGCCUACUGACUCAGCCGCAAAGGCAGCUGCUCUGAUUCCUCUCGCACCUCACGCACACUCAUUUGUUAAAAUCCCUGUCUCCUCCUUCACUGACAAAAUGUCAUCACUGACUUCCAUGCAGCAGCUAGCUACACCAGUUGAGAAGGCUCAGUGGAAGGCUGCUGGGACUGUUUUUGACCCAACCUCCAGCAUCUGGGUUGGUCCAAAUUCCAAUCCAUGUCUCCCAAGACAUUUCUUCCCUCAUUUUGCUAAGUUGACACAUGGGUUGGAUCAUGUGUCAAAAGGAGGGAUGUUAGAGGCUAUCAAUCAGGAGUAGUUCACAAGGGGGUUCACAGUAACAGCUCAAAAGCACUGUGAAGAAUGCCUAAUUUGCAUUACGCGGUGGAAAGAGAGAACGGCACAAUAAAAAACAAGCUAGCAAAAUGCUGUGCAGACACAGGUCUGUCAUGGACACAGGCUCUGCCCAUUGUGCUGAUGUACAUGCGGAUGCGGAAACUAACACGGAGCCAACUCAGCCCAUUUGAAAUCCUUUUUGGGGCUCCUCCACAGAUUGGACUCAAGGCUCCAGGAUGUCCUCUUCCCUCCACAACUUUGUGUGAGGAUGCUAUGUUGUCAUAUUGUGUUAACCUGUCAUCCACUUUAGCAGACAUCCGACGUCAGGUAGCCGCAGCCUUACCUACCCCUGCCACUGGUCCACUUCACCAUCUCCAACCCGGCGACUUCGUGCUGGUCAAGGAUUUCCGGAGAAAGAGCUGGAAAUCCAAUCGGUGUCAAGGUCCCUACCAGGUGCUUCUCGUCACCCAGACAGCGGUCAAGGUUGCCGAGAGAGCCACGUGGGUCCACGCCAGCCACUGCAAGGUCGUAGUCACAGGGAAGGAGAAACGGUAGAAGCAGACGACAACAAGUGACGUGCCAAGUCACCAACGGAAGAAGCAGACGACAACAAGUGACGUGCCAAGUCACCAACGGAAGAAGCAGACGACAACAAGUGACGUCCCAAGUCACCACCAGCACCACACUUGCACUACAUACACCAAAACUCACACUACACACAAGGUGUCACGAGCGAGUGCCAGCUGAGCGGUUUCAUAUGCCUCUGGUUCCUCAUUUGUGUUAUCGGUGUGCGGGGUCUGACUGUCCGUGUCACAAAAUCAACCGAGGGAAUACACACACACACCAGAUGGAGCAUCCCCGCCUCGUGAUGAGGGCUCGCCUGGAAAGACGACAACGCAACCGUGAGCAAUGUGGAAAGUGCGGAUACUACUGCAGAGCCUGGACAAUCAUAGAAUAAUUACACCCCUGGUGAUCAUUUUCGGCCUAUUAAUCAGUUGUACCUGUUUCAUUAUCCCAAUACUGAAGAAGUGCGUUUCCAGCAUGGUAUCCUCAGCUUUCGUUCAGUAUGCUGCUAUUCCACUACAGGACAAUCCUACUUUGCGCCACAGCUACGAGAAUCGUAUACCUUGUACAUUCCACCGUACCCCUGUUCGUGAGCUAGAAUCAGAAGAGUCUGAUUUCGACACUACAAUAUAAUCCAUGUGAAUCGAGUGUACCCUCCUCUUAUGCUUACAUUAUAUUGGAGUCUGUCCUCCACAAAAACAGCCAGUUUUCUAUGAUAUAUUUGUGAUGUGUUUACUUAAACCAGCGAUGGAGUGUAUUCAUUGAUGUGUUAUAUCAGUCUAUCCUGUCAUUUGUUAUUUUUUUAUGAUUGAUCAAGUAUGAUCAAAAGGGGAGAAUGUAGUGGCAAUUUCUUAUGUUACCUUAUAUGCUUCUAAAAGCAUUGUCUAAAACAACUAUACCAUUUCCUGAUAUGUGCUGUUUUCUCUUUAUACUCUAAUGAGGGGUUUUAUUCCCAAGCGCUUCAAGGCCACAGAGCUGAUUUGGCAGUUUAUGUUGAAACUACUCCUUUUUACACAAAGUUCGCUACGGCUCAAGGACACGGGUGUCUCACACAAAGUUUGAACUCCCAUAACAAUAUGAGACCGUGUGAAAGCAGAUUUCUGAGGAAACUCUGUCUGCCCGCCCUUUCUUGUAAGCUUUGCUAUUUUGUGACUAUUGCGCACACUCCUGCAGACUAUCCUAUACUCUGUGAGACCUGUGUCUUUGAAUAUAUUCAAAUAAAUAACCAGAAAGACAA